AUGCAGGCGGGAGUCGAAUCGACGGCGGAAGAUGAGGAGAACUUGGAGCUUGGAAUCGCGACCGUUAUUCCUCGCGGGCUCCCGUCGCGCGGGCGUGGAGCGCAGUCGGGUCGACGGCGAGCAGUGCGGUUCGAUCCCGCAUCAGGCGGACUGGAGAUGAAUGGUGGGGAGGCAUCCGGAGGUGAUAACAGCGAAGGUGACAGAAGGGAAGGGCUUUCAGACGACGACACUGGCGCGGGAAGAGAAGGUGGAUGGAAACAGAAAGAACGGAGAAGUUCGCCUCCUCGUUCCGCUGUACAUUCCGCCAGCGCACAGGGGCGGAACGAAAAAGGGGAGGGGAGCAGAAGAGAGAAGGGCGGAGGGGGAUUGGGGAUGAUUGGACAGAGAGGGGGGGAAGGGGCAGAGAGAGGAGGAGGGCUGUGGCAGCAGGAGGGUGCAGCAGCACAGCGCGCGAUUCUAAGGCCUCGGAAGCCAUCCGAGGACGAAGCAGGCGACUCAAGCAUCACUUUUCAGGAAGGUGCAGAGCAGGAGAGCGACGAGGAGGAGGAGAAGGAGGUGUUCAAGAUGGCACGGGUGGAGGCGGUGCGACUGCUCAGCUUCAAGCAGUGGUCGGAGGUGCAGCUACGGCAGAAACUGACAGCCAACUUGACCCAGCCAGAGCGGGCCCGGGGAUUGGCCAGGAGAGCAGGAACAAGGCAGCCACGUGGCAGCAUGGCACUGGAGGAGGCUGAUGCUGCGGUUAGUUCUGCCAUAAACUACAUGAAGAAGCUCGGCUUCGUGAAUGACAAGGAGUACGCGGAGGCUUUCGCCCGAGGGAGAUUCAAGCAGCUGGCAUGGGGUCCAGCUCGCCUCAGAAUGAUCAGAAGCUUUGCCACUAUGGCCACCGCCGAUCUUACCGUGGAGAAGACGGCCUCCGGCCGCGAGUACAAGGUCAGGGACAUGUCCCUGGCCGAUUUCGGCCGCAUGGAGCUCGAUCUCGCCGAGGUCGAGAUGCCUGGCCUCGUCGCCUGCCGCGAUGAGUUUGGCCCUGCCCAGCCAUUCAAGGGAGCCAAGAUCAGUGGAUCCCUUCACAUGACUGUUCAGACUGCUGUCCUCAUUGAGACCCUCACGGCGCUCGGCGCGGAGGUGAGAUGGUGCUCGUGCAACAUCUUCUCCACCCAGGACCACGCCGCUGCCGUCAUUGCCCGUGACUCAGCUGCCGUGUUCGCCUGGAAGGGCGAGACCCUGCUGGAGUACUGGUGGUGCACUGAGCGCUGCCUCGACUGGGGCGUCGGCAGCGGCCCCGAUCUGAUUGUUGACGACGGUGGCGACGCCACUCUCCUGAUCCACGAGGGUGUGAAGGCCGAGAUCGAGUUCGAGAAGUCUGGCGCUGUCCCCGACCCCGAGUCGACGACGAACCCCGAGUUCCAGAUCGUGCUGACCAUCAUCCGCGACUCGCUCAAGGAGUCGCCGACCAAGUACCGCGAUAUGGCGAAGCACAUCAUGGGUGUGUCGGAGGAGACCACCACCGGCGUCAAGAGGCUGUACCAGAUGCAGAUCAACGGCUCGCUGCUCUUCCCCGCCAUCAACGUCAACGACUCCGUCACCAAGAGCAAGUUUGACAACCUCUACGGUUGCCGUCACUCCCUGCCCGACGGUCUCAUGAGGGCCACUGACGUCAUGAUCGCCGGCAAGACCGCUCUCGUGUGCGGAUACGGUGACGUCGGCAAGGGCUGCGCCGCUGCUCUCAAGGCCGCUGGUGCCCGCGUUACAGUCACGGAGGUCGACCCUAUCUGCGCUCUCCAGGCGGCUAUGGAGGGUUUUGCCGUGAACACUCUGGAGAAUGUGGUUGCCGACACUGACAUCUUCGUUACCACCACUGGUAACAAGGACAUUAUCAUGGUCGCUGACAUGGUGAAGAUGAAGAACAACGCCAUUGUGUGCAACAUCGGUCACUUUGACAACGAGAUUGACAUGGCCGGCCUGGAGAGCUACCCUGGCGCCAAGAAGGUGACUGUGAAGCCCCAGACGGACCGCUGGGUGUUCCCUGAGACCAACCGCGGCAUCAUCAUUCUGGCUGAGGGUCGCCUGAUGAACCUGGGAUGCGCCACUGGCCACCCCAGCUUCGUGAUGUCGUGCUCGUUCACGAACCAGGUGAUUGCUCAGAUUGAGUUGUGGAAGGAGAAGGACUCGGGCAAGUACAAGAAGGAGGUGUACGUGCUGCCCAAGCACCUGGAUGAGAAGGUCGCUGCCCUGCACUUGCCCAAGCUCGGGGCUGUGCUCACCAAGCUGAGCCCUGCCCAGGCCGAGUACAUCAAUGUGCCUGUGGAGGGCCCUUACAAGCCUGCCCACUACAGGUACUAG